GUAUGUUUUUGUUCCAGAAAUUCAUUUGUUUUCUACAAACAUUGCAAUUGCAAAUCCAAAAACACAAUCUUUGCUCCAAACAUAAAAAACAAAAACAACUUUCCUAAUUCCGAAGUAUUGUAAAAAUCGUUAACAAUACCGAUAGUUAGACUCGUCAUAAUUUAGAAUGUUUACAAAAAAUAUUGUCAUUAAUAACAGGUUUUUUGGUGUUUGAAAUUGCUUUUUUUUCAGGAGAUACACAUUUUUUAUUUUCUUAUCUCCCUCCCGUUAACUCGCUCAGUAUUUACUCUAUUUGAAGUUGCAUUCUUUGUCGUGCUCUCUUUUUUUGUGUUCAACAGCCGGUGAAGUUUUUUGUGUCUUCUCCGAAAUCAGUUUUUGUUCGGGAUUUGAAGAAGGUGGUUCAAAACAAAAAUAGACAUGAGUGACUUCAAGCUUUUAAAAACAACAUUCCAAAACAAAAAUGAAUUUGUUGCAGUGUUAUUUGAUGGAAUUAAUGAUUAUAAAUUGUUUGCAAAUGAAGUUAAGAAAACUUAUAAUAUACCACCGGCAGCUGAAGUGGAAAUUUAUAAUAAGAAUUUUCUAAUAAUUCCAAGAAUAUUCACCGCUUUGGUUCAACAAUACAUAUCUUCAACCGAUUUUGUUUUGGACAUAAAAUUAAGUGAUGAUAAUUCAGCAUCAAAUUCGACCGCAGACAUCGAAUCGCAAUUAUCCGGGUCAAAUAGGUCACAAAAACCCGUUUUUCAAAAUACAUCGUCCGAAAUUUACCAAACGCUUAAUGAUGACGAUUUAUGCUUAAGUCAUAAUAGUUCAGUUGACAGACAUGUUUAUUCUAGUAUUCCUACAACAGAGGAAAUUAAAAAAUUGGCUGAAAUACGACAUUUAAUGAAAUAUAAUACCCUGGAAAACAAAGACAGAACAAAUAUUGCAAAAAUUAUUAUAUCACAUAUCUUGAGAGAAAACCCAAAUAGACGUAUUUACAAAGAGGAUUUUUUAAAACUUUCACAAUCUAUUAUAGAAGUGUUCCCAUCAGAAGUAAUUGAAACUUACUACGUACCUUUCACUAAAGGACACUUGGCAAAAGGAAAAUUAUUUGACUCCUAUAAUAAUAAAAGAACCAAAUUAAGCACACAAGGACUUAUAAAUAGGCGUACAAAUUUAAAAAAAAAAUGUAAUUAUACCCAGUUUUACAUAUACAGGUUCUUCAAUACUUAUUUUUGA